CAUAGCAACCAUCCAACACAAUGUCCGCCAUUUUGUCUAUGGAACCAGGGGAAGAAAGUUGAUCUGGAAUUUUAAGACGUUGAAACGAUAAAUACGUGAAAAUAUGCCUUCAGAGGAAAAACCGACAGCCUUCCCACCUCCAGCGAUACACAUUGAACGAACUUUAGCCCUUAUUAAACCCGACGCAGUGCAUAAAAGCGAUGAAAUCGAGGAAAUUAUCCUACAACAUGGAUUCACAAUUUUACAGAAAAGACGAGCCCAUCUUACUCCAGAGCAGACCAGUGAUUUCUAUGCCGAACAUUACGGGAAAAUGUUUUUCCCUAGCCUAGUGGCAUACAUGAGUAGUGGCCCGAUUAUGGCACUUGUACUGGCGCGUGAGAAUGCCAUAUCCUACUGGCGACAGCUGAUUGGUCCGACCAAUACGCAGAAAGCACGGGACCAGGCACCUGAGAGUCUGAGAGCAAUCUAUGGUACAGACAGCACCAGAAAUGCUCUGCAUGGUAGUGAUGGCACAGUCAGUGCUGAUAAAGAGAUUCACUUCUUUUUCCCUGAUAGCAUAGUAGAACCGGUGUCCACUGGCCAGGCUGCCAAGGACUACUUAACCAGGACUGUCAACCCCACCCUUCUCAAGGGACUGACAGAGCUAUGCAAGAUGAAGCCUGAGGAUCCUAUUUUGUACCUCGCUGACUGGCUCAUAGCCAAUAACCCAAACAAGCCUAGAGUCGCUGAGGAUGGUUAUGUGGUGGAAGAGCCCCAGGACUGAAUUAGGAUCAAACUGAGUUCAAUUGUAAAUAGGUACAAAUAGGUGGUUUAGAUAAGAAGCUGCUUUGUAAUAUAUCCAGCAAUGUAAAAAGGAACAUUUGGAAUAAACUCAACAUAUAUACAAA